AAGCCAACUGGACUGACCUCACACCUACACUAUCGCAUGAUCUUGAUUCGGAAGCUGGAAUGCUGCAGUAAUCGAUGCCAAAGAAGCCCACGCGCAGCGCGCGCUUUUCAAACUCACAGCCUGAAUGAAUCUUCUCCGACGUCGUCAAAGCCACAGUGGGUGCCAAACCACCACCAGCAUCUAAACUGGCAGCAGCUAAAAGAAUCACUUGCCGAGGCAAUCUCUACUCGCUGCUUCUCUUCCAAACUCCUCCAAUGCCUACAUGCCCGUGUCGUCACCUCCGGCCUCCGCCACAAUCUCUUCGUCUCCACCCUCCUCAUUGCCAAAUACUUCGCCUUUGGCAAUGCCGGCGCCGCCCGGCUCCUUUUCGACGGACAAUCUGGCCGGCCCACAAAGCCUCUUCUUUGGAAUUCGGUUAUCAGUGGAUACCUGCGUUGCGGACUUCCUCGUCUCGCGCUCGACGUUUUCCGGGAGAUGACGGCGCUUUCGUCGACGAAGUGCGAGCCGGACAGGAACACCUUCCAUCUCGCAAUUACCGCGUGCACGCGUUUGUCGGAGUUCGAGGUUGGUUUCAUGAUUGGAGAGAAUGCGCAGAUCCUAGGGUUUGAUUCAAAUAUUCUUGUUGGGACGGCUUUGGUUGUUCUGCAUACGAAGGCGGGUAAACUCGAGUCUGCGCGUCAGGUGUUUGAUAGAAUGUCACUUAAAGAUGCCGUGUCCUGGAAUGCUAUGAUUUCUGGGUAUUCGCGAGCUGGAUUGUUGUCAGAUGCCAUGGAUCUAUUCAGGAACAUGAGGCUUGUUGAUGGGAUUUCCGCUACUGAGGGCAGUUUGGUGAGCCUUUUUUCUUGUUGUGGGGAUGAAGAUCGAGUUCGUAAUGGUGAGACUCUUCAUGCACUUGUGGUUAUGACUGGUUUUGACAGAAAUCUGGUGGUUUCGAAUUCCUUAUUAGAAAUGUAUUUUGAAUGUGGUUGUUUAGAGAUUGCAGUUCAAUUGUUUGAUAUGAUGGUUUUCAAGGAUUCAGUUUCAUGGUGUACUUUGAUUGGUGGAUAUGUUAAGAAUGAGCAACCUUCUGAAGCUCUGAAGACAUUUUAUUGGAUGCUCUUUAACACUCGGAUUUCUCCCACACGGCCAUUAUUGCUUAAUGCACUUCUUGCUUGUGCGUCCAUGGGUGAUUGGGAAACAGGAAAACAGAUCCAGAUGAACUACUUGUCAAACUAUGAUGAUGAAAUGGCUUCUGAUGCUUCUCUAAUCACCGCACUUGUAUAUAUGUAUGCAAGAUGCAGAAAGAUGGAGAUUGCUUUUGAAUUUCUUGAAACAGAUUCAAGAGUGAAAGGAGACGGGAUUGCAUGGAAUGCAGUGAUCAAAGCAUGUACUGAGGUAGGAGACUUUCACCAGGUGUUUGAGCUUUCACUUAAAAUGCAAAGGAGAGGAAUUGCUCUUGAACGAGCUACCCUCUUAAUGUUGCUUUCCAUUAUCUCAACAAAUUCGCUAUCAAGAAAAGGAGCUGAAACUCAUGCUUUCAUUGUUAAGAGGGGAUUUGAGUCUGAAAGAACUAUCGCAAAUUCCUUGAUUGAUAUGUAUGCCAAAUGCGGAAGCCUUGAAAGCUCAUACAACAUCUUCAAAGGCAUACAAGAGAAAGAUGUCGUCUCAUGGAGCUCGAUGAUUGGAGCAUAUGCUUCGAACGGGAAUGUAGAAGGGGCUUUUGAUCUUUUUGCCCUCAUGAGGGAAGAAGGAACGACGCCAAACCAUUUCACGUUUAUCGCACUCUUAUCUGCUUGUAGCCAUGUAGGAUUUGUGGAGAAAGGGAGGGAACUUUUCGCAUCCAUGGAAAGUUAUGGUUUAAAUCCGAGUAUCGAGUAUUUGACUUGCUUGGUCGACAUGUAUUGCCGUGCCGGGCUUUUAGUUCAGGCACAUGAUUUGCUGAAGGAUGUGAAGCUAGAGGCCAGCUCAAGUUCUAUUCUUUGGGGAACUUUGCUUAGUGCUUGCAGAAUGCAUGGAAAUUUGGUGAUUGGGGAGGUAGCUGCUAGUCAUCUAUUCUAUUUGGAGCCAGAAAAUUCAGCUAACUACUUGAUGCUUGCAGAUAUUUAUGGCUUGUUGGGCAAGACAGAGAAUUCAAAUGCUGUUUUGAGAUUGUUGAGAGAAAAGGGAUUUGAAAAGAAACCAGGCUGUAGUUGGUUUGACGCUGGCUAGAUGUUUUGUGCUAAUUAUGAGAGUGGGAGAGAGAUCAAUGAACAUGAGUUCUAUGGAUGCUUGCUACAAGAGAGAGAUGGGUUUCGCUUGAAAAACUCUUAUUUUUGUCCCUCGCGAUUACUUUUGAGAGACAUGCAUGCUAUGCUGUGGGAUGUGAGGCUUUCU